UUCAGAUAGGGAUGCUACAUAACAGACCACCAUCAGAUUCAUUUCCAGGUUCUUUAACACGAACGAAGACGCAAUUUGCUGGAAACAUAUUUAAUCGCACAUUUUGCUUUUUUGAAUGCUUUUGCUCUGUCUUUGUUGAUCAAAAAUGGAGUCGGGAGGAAAAGGCUGGCGUUAUGGGUCGUUAUUCUUCUAUACAGCGUGUGCGUUGGCUUUAUUUUCCCCUCGCGUGACCGGACAGAUUCGUUAUUCUAUACCUGAGGAAAUGCCAGUGGGCUCGUUUGUUGGAAAUAUUGACUCGGACCUUGGGCUUGAGCCGAAGAGGCUGAUUUCAGGAAAAGCGCGUGUUUUCACCGCAGACAGCAGUGAGUACAUUGGACUGGAUAAGGAGAAUGGGCAUCUGGUUGUUAAAAACAAAAUAGACAGAGAAGAGCUAUGCGGAGAGGUAUCUGCCUGUAGUGUGAGUUUUGAUGUCAUUUUAGAAAAUCCGAUGGAGCUUUAUCGAGUUAGUGUUGACAUACAGGACAUAAAUGACAACAGCCCCGUCUUUCCGAAAUCUAAAAUCGAGCAAAAAAUAAGCGAAUUGGCGGUUUUAGGUGCGCGAUUUCCAUUAGAGAGCGCAAUAGAUCCAGAUGUGGGAGUGAACACGCUACAGAAAUAUACUCUUCAACCCACCGAUCAUUUCAAGCUUAAUGUUCAGAAUGGCGCUGGUGGUAACAAAAACGUCGAGAUGGUUCUUCAUUCUCCUCUUGAUAGAGAAAAGAAGCAGCAUCAUAAUCUGAUUCUAACCGCUUUAGAUGGUGGAAAACCACAAAGGUCCGCAACUGUGCAGAUUAAUAUCAUUGUUCUAGAUGUCAAUGACAACGCACCUGUGUUUAGCCAGGCGUCUUAUAAAACAUCAGUUGUUGAAAAUGCUCCUAAAACUACAAUCGUGACUAAAAUCAGUGCGACCGAUGCUGACGAGUCUAGUCACGGCAUUCAAUAUAAUUUUGAGCACGUGACAUAUACGGUGAAAGCUUUGUUCUCCAUAGAUGCGGAUUCUGGGGAGGUUAAAGUCAUAGGCGAUAUAGAUUAUGAAAAACACAAGCAGUUUACAGUCAAAGUCAAAGCUUCAGAUCACGGAGGUUUGACUGACUCGAGUGAAAUAAUUAUUGACGUCAUUGACGUAAAUGACAACGCACCAAAAAUUACAAUAAUGUCUUUUUCUAGUGCAGUAUCUGAAGACGCAGCACCUGGAACUGUUAUAGCAAUGAUAAAUGUUCAGGAUCUGGAUUCAGGUGACAACAAUAAGAUUACAUGUUCAAUUGAUUUAAACUCUCCAUUUAAAAUCGUAUCCUCCUUAACUAAUUAUUACAACCUGGUGACAGACUCAGAACUAGACAGGGAACAAACAGCAGAGUAUAAUAUCACUAUAACUGCUGUAGAUGGGGGAAACCCACCUCUUUCAAGUAAAGACAUUUUUAACCUUAAGAUAUCUGAUGUGAAUGAUCACACACCUCAGUUUGAGCAGGAAUCAUAUAAUGCCUUCAUAGCUGAAAAUAACCCUCCAUCUACAACUAUUCUGACUGUUAAAGCAAUCGACAUGGACUGGGGGCAAAAUGCGAAGGUUUCAUAUUUUCUUAUCGACGGAGAUUUGAAUGGAGCACCUCUGGCAUCUUACAUCUCCAUAAAUUCAGAGAGCGGUGUGAUCUAUGCAGAAAAAUCCUUUGAUUACGAACAACUGAAAUCAUUCAAAAUGCAAGUCAAAGUGCAAGAUGGGGGCUCACCCCUUUUAUCCAACAACGUGACUGUAAACAUUAUAAUCCAAGAUGAGAAUGACAACGCUCCUCAGGUUCUGUAUCCAGUACAGACUGGUGCUUCUGUGGUGGCUGAGAUUGUGCCUCGUGCUGCAGAUGUUGGAUAUCUGGUCACUAAAGUGGUGGCUGUUGAUGUGGACUCUGGACAGAAUGCCUGGCUCUCCUAUAAACUACAGAAAGCUACAGACAGAGCGCUGUUUGAAGUGGGUUUACAGAAUGGAGAAAUAAGAACUGUGCGACAAGUGACUGAUAAAGAUGCGGUCAAACAAAAACUGACUGUUGUUGUGGAGGAUAACGGACAGCCCUCUCGCUCAGCUGUGGUCUCCAUUAACGUGGCUGUGGCUGACAGCUUUCCUGAAGUGCUGUCAGAGUUCACAGACUUUACGCAUGAAAAACAAUAUAAUGACAACUUGACGUUUUAUUUAAUAUUGGCUCUCGCAGUGGUCUCUCUGCUCUUCAUAGUCUCAAUUAUUUCAAUAAUUUCAGUGAAAAUCUACAGAUGGAGGCAGAAUAAACUAUUUUAUCAAUCUGGGGCAAAUCUACCUGUAAUUCCAUAUUACCCUCCAGUCUACACAGACGGCACAUUGCAGCAUGUGUAUAAUUAUGAAAUGUGCGGGACCACUGAUUCAAGGAUGAGUGACAUGAAGUUUAUCAGGCCCUACAGUCAGAACACACUGGUGAGCCAGAGUCGUAUGGGAACAGUUCAGAGAGAAAAGAAGGAGCAGGAGGUUGACGACCUGACUUUAGAGGUGAGACCUUGA